ACAUAUUAACUUCCCUUGCUCUCCUUUGUUAUCAGUAAUAUUUUGUCAUUUUAGAGUUUAGAUUUCCAAUACUUAAUUCUUUUUAUACACAACACACUUUUCAUGGGCUCUUAUCAGCAAACUCAAUGAAAAUUAAUAAAUUUGAUCUAAUCGAAAUGCUUGAAGUCCAAAUACUUUUUCCCUAUCCAGUUGUUGUGUGUACAGUUUUCCAAUAUCAUUACAUUUAUAUAAAAAUACAUUCUUUAUCUUUCAAGUGAUUCUUUUUAAAAACUUGGUUAUUUUAGAUUCUUUUGUCAUUUAAUUCAGGAAGUCUGCUAAAAUGAAAUAUUUACAUUUAUUGUUUGGUUUGGCUUUUAUUUCAUGUGUUUUUAAUGGGGUAGCAUCAAUACAAUGUAAUCAAACUUUAACGGUGCAUCAAACAAACCCAGACGUCUUCUGUGAAGGCUCGUGUGUUAAAUCUAUAAAGGGUGAAACAGUUUCAAUGGGUUGUUCAAGUGUUAGUCUGAUACCAAAAUGUGAACGACAAGACGACCUAACAGUGUGUGCGUGCGAUUCCGACUACUGCAACAGAUCUUCUAAAACACGGAUAUUUGAGCCGUUUAUAUCUUGUAUCAUAUUUCUCCUUGUAGCAAUUAUUUUAGACUGAUCCGAGACUUGCGGGUUAAAAAACUAUUUGUUUCAAUUGUAUCCCAAAAUAAAAGUCGAUUAGUUGCCAGAUUUACUUGAUUUUUCUUUGCAUCAUUCUCAAUUGCUUACUAUUUCGAAUCGAGUCGUGUUCUCGUUAUUUGUUUGUACUGUCCAAAAUGUUUUAGAUGCGGUGAAGCUUUGUAACACCGCAUUAAGGGGCCAAUCGCAUUCGAAGUUCGUUACGUUC